GGGUUCCUCAACUCCACCAUGGCGUUGGCAUUCAAUAUUUCUCAAAAUCAUCUCUUUUCAUAUGCUCAGACCACACGAUUCCGAUCACCCUGCAUCAAUGGCAGACAACCAAGAAGGUUACGAAUCAGCAAUUUGAAGAAGGGGUGUUUGAGGUGCAACACUUCGUAUCAAGACAAAGAUAACUCCCCGAAUGCUUGCUCUUUCCAUGGCCAUGCCAAUGGUGAUAAAGGACUAUUUGCAUUGGCCCCACCCCACCAAGGCAUUGAUGGUGAAUGGAGUGAUGGAUCAGGGGUUAUUGUGUACAAAUGGAACGACAAGACUGAUCGACCAAAUACUGGGAGGGCCAACUGGAAAAAGAGAUGGAGCUGUUGUGGCGAGUAUGAUGAAAAUGCACCACCUUGUCAACGAGGUUGGCAUGUCUCCUAUGAUGAUGGCUUUACUUUAUAUUAAUUAGUCAUAUUGCCCUUAUGGAAUUGCAUGAUUCAGUUUAUAAUGUGUAUAUUAUGCCAAUAGAAUGCGUAUAUAUUGUUCUUUUCAAAUUUCCAUC